UAUGGGCUUACACGCCGACGUCAGAGGCUGCGCUUCACCGUGAAGAUGGCGGAGGCAGCCGAAACACCACAACACCGGUUUUUCUGUCACUGCUGUAAAUGUGAAACAAACCCCAAACUCCCGGACUUCAUCUGCUCCAGAUGUGAGUCGGGUUUCAUUGAGGAGGUAGAAGAAGACUCCAGUCUCUUGCAGGACAGUACAUCAGCAGCCAGUGAGGAGUCAAACUCCUUGUUCUCAGAAUUAUGGCAGCUGCUGUUCAUGGAGCGCUCCGCUCUGCUGUCACAUCCGCCAUCUUCAGAGUCAAACCCGAACGACAGCGAGCAGGACUCUGCAGGUCAGAGCCUUCCUUCUCCACUGUCUUCAGAAGCUGCUGAGGUUAGAGAAGAGGUCAGAGAACCAGAGUCGUCUUCUCUGCCUGAACUAGAGAGGUCAUCCCGUCCUGAGCAAAGGCCAGCAGUGGAAGGGAUCGUGCAGCAGUUCUUGACUGGCCUGUUUGCGAACAACGGAAACCCUGGUGCUGCACCAGCCGCACUAUCUAGUAUGCUUCAGUUGCACUCAAACCCAGCAGAUUAUGCUUGGGGUCAGGGAGGUCUGGACGCUGUCAUAACAGAGUUGUUGGGACAGCUAGAAAACACAGGUCCACCCCCUGCAGAAAAGGAGAUGAUCUCAUCCCUGCCAACAGUCUGCAUCUCUCAAGAACAGACAGACUGCAGACUUGAGUGUCCAGUAUGUAGAGAGGAGUACUCAUUGGGGGAAUCUGUCAGGAAGCUACCCUGCCUCCAUUACUUCCAUAGUGAAUGUAUAGUGCCUUGGCUGGAGCUGCACGAUACCUGCCCAGUAUGCCGCAAAAGCUUAGACGGUGUCGAUAACAGCCUCCUGCCCACAUCAGAACCCCCAGAAAGCCGUUCCAUCAGGACAGAGCAACAGGAGAGGCAGGCGAUCUGAGAAACGGGCCAAACAACUCUACCUCUGAUGAUGUUUUCAGAAACAUACUUUUUCUUGGCUCAACCUCAGGUUUCCUUAUCUGUGGACUAGAAUACAUUAUGCAUCACAGUCAAGUAUUUUAGCUUAAAUCUCACUUGAUUUAUGCAUCUCUGCUAAGGACCUUUAUGUUUUCUACUCCAACAUCUUUGCCAUUUUUAAGCUACACACAAAUGGACCUGGGCAGUUUGCUGACAAGAUGUGGAGGUGAAGUGUCCUUCUCGCUACACUGCCCUCUUAGGGGGUUUUCUGAAUGACUGCCUCAGAUGUCACGAACUAAUCACCACUGAGCUGCCAGUGGGUGUCAAAAAGAUGGGAAUUCAGAGUUAUGAAGCACUGCUUUUGCAUAAAAGCUGUUGGUGAGACGUUUCCUUAACGCAGUAGGCUGUUGACCUUUUCAACCUGGUCUGAUUCACUGUUCCUCUUUACAUAAAGCUGUAAUUAAAGACCAACUCUGUGACCCGUA